GCCUCCUUCCUCAGCUCUCCGUCGUCCGAUCUCUCUCUCUCCCCUCUCAGAUUUCUCCCUCUUCGCCCAAUCACACUUCUCCCUUUUCUCCCCGCCAAAUACAAAUCCUCGAGGGUUUUUUUUCUCCUUUUUUGGAGGAAGAAUGUCGGACGACAACGGCGGCGGCGGAGACCACAGCCCGCAGUCCAGCGUUCGGGAGCAGGACCGUUUUCUUCCGAUUGCGAACAUCGGCCGCAUAAUGAAGAAAGGUCUGCCGGCGAACGGGAAGAUUGCUAAGGAUGCUAAAGAUACCGUUCAGGAGUGUGUUUCGGAGUUCAUUAGCUUUGUUACCAGCGAAGCUAGUGAUAAAUGCCAGAAAGAGAAAAGAAAGACAAUAAACGGGGAUGAUUUGUUGUGGGCUAUGGCGACCUUAGGUUUUGAGGAUUAUAUUACUCCACUGAAGGUCUACUUGGCUAGGUACAGAGAGUUAGAGGGUGACACCAAGGGAUCUGCUAGGGGUGCAGAUGGAGCUCCUAAGAGAGAGACAGUCGGAACUCAGCUAGGUUCUGAUGCACAGUUUGCUCAUCAAGACUCGUAUGCUCAAGGCUUCGGCUACUCAAACUCCCAAAUCGAAUACUAAGAAGCAUAAUGUUGUUUGGUUCUCUAAAAUCGCGAGAUUGUUGCAAAGUAGAGCUCCCAUUUUGCUGAGCCUGUCUCGGGAUACAAUGUCGAGCUGAUAUAGGUUCGACGUGGCUGGGAUUUCUAUAGGAAAAUAUAUGUAAACGAAGUAUAGUUUGUGCGAUUAUGCAUGGCUGUUUCUGGUAUUGUAUAUCAGGGAAUGCUUCUGCAAUCUCAAUAUUCUACUCUUUGUAAUUGCUUUCGAGUAUUUAAAAACAUAUUUGAUGCUGCGAGUGAUCUCAAAGGCAUUAGGGUUUCAUUUUUA